AUGUUUGACAAACAUUAUUGGAAACUAAAUGUGAAUAUUCAAAAUUUGAGGGAAGGACGUAUCAUUCAAAAAGAAAAACAGUUAGAGUGUAAGAUUAAAAACUGUAGUUUAUCAAUAACAACUGAUAAUGAACGACCUGUUCCUCUCGAGUAUUCAUAUCUGUUAAUAACAGCUCAAGCUAAUUAUGGAGUUUAUUAUGCCACAGUCAUCUUGAUAUUGGUGUAUAUUUUAAUAAUAUUUGAGCUGGUCCACCGUACAGUAGCAGCUAUAUUAGGAUCAUAUGCAGCAAUAGCAGUUUUAUCAGCCAUUCAUGAAAGACCAACACUAGAUACCAUAAUAGGAUGGAUAGAUAUGGAGACGAUCAUGUUGUUAUUUGGAAUGAUGAUGUUGGUUUCAAUAUUUGCAGAAACUGGAUUCUUUGAUUAUUCUGCUGUGAAGGUGUAUCAAAUAGCUAAGGGUGAAGUAUGGCCCCUUGUCACACUGUUAUGUCUAUUUAGUGCUGUUGUAUCAGCUUUUCUGGAUAAUGUUACGACAAUUUUACUUUUAACACCAGUUACAAUAAGGUUAUGCCAGGUGUUAAAUUUGGACCCUAAACAGAUUCUAAUGGCAGAAGUAGUAUUUUCUAAUAUUGGAGGCACAGCAACUGCUAUUGGUGACCCCCCAAACGUAAUCAUAGUUGGGGCUACUUCGAAAAUGGGAAUAUCAUUUACAAUAUUCACUAUACACAUGCUUAUUGGAAUAAUACCUGCUAUCCUUGGAUCUUAUGGAUUACUGAGAUUCUAUUAUAGAAAAACUGAAACCUUAAAGAAUAAGGAUUCGCCGGAAGUCAUAGAAUUAAAACAUGAAAUUGGUCUAUGGAAAAGGGCAGCAGCAAGAAUUUCUGUGGCAACCCGAGAAGAAAGUGUAAUGAAGGUUUUAUUUCUACAGAAAUCGGUAGAAUUAGAAAAUAUCUUGAGCAGGAAACUACACAAACAAAGUAAAGACAAAAUAAAAGAUUUUAAAGAUACUUUACAAGAGUUGAAGAAAAGAUAUUAUAUAACAGAUCCAGUAUUACUAGUAGAAAGUGGUUUUGUUCUGUUGGUCGUAAUACUAGUUUUAUUUCUACAUUCGUUUGUACCAUCACUAUACGUCGUCAUUGGCUGGGUUGCUGUAACUGGGGCUGUUUGGUUAUUGGUGCUAGCUAAUGUAUCAGAUAUAGAAAGUAUUCUACAUAAGAUAGAGUGGUCUACCCUGCUUUUCUUUGCUGCUCUAUUUAUCUUAAUGGAAGCAUUGACCGAGUUAGGUCUAAUUGAUGUUAUAGGAACAAUGAUAAGUGAUAUUAUUAAAAGUGUUGAACCAGAAUCUAGGAUGAUAGCAUCAAUAUCUAUAGUAUUGUGGAUAUCUGCAUUAGCUUCCAGUUUCAUCGAUAAUAUACCUUACACCACAGCCUUGGUACCAGUUCUAAUUAACAUCAGUCAGGAUACGGAAUUGGAUCUACCACUACUUCCUCUUAUCAUUGCUCUAGCAUUUGGUGCUUGCUUGGGUGGUAACGGAACUUUAAUUGGUGCAUCGGCUAAUGUGGUAUGUGCUGGUAUAGCUGAACAACAUGGUUAUGGCAUAAAUUUUUGUGAAUUUUUCAAGGUUGGUUUCCCAAUGAUGCUAUUAACAACAGCUAUUUCUCACGUUUAUCUGAUAAUUUGUCAUGUUUGGAUUGGAUGGAAUAGCUAAUCAACAAAGAUGUGGCUUAAGGCUUAGGGUCUAUGGUGUGAUUUACUGUCAAUUUACGGACAGGAUAAAACGAAUAUACCCUGUAGUUACUACAUGUAUACUCUUUAUAGAGGAUAAUCUAAAUAUAGCCCAACAGGAUUAUUAUUCCAAAUUAUUUUUGAAUUGAGAUUACCAAAAACAAUGAUAUUGUGUAAUUUUGGAUGUGGGAUUACUUCCCAAAAAGUUAUUUAAAUACAUUAUUAUGAUGCAUUUCCUUUACAUUACCCCUCCAUAGAUAAGUGCUAAUAAAUGUGACUAAAAUUUACCAGAAGAUUUGUGAUCAGUAUCGUAUUCUAUACCUUCUGUGAUAAAUAAUUAUUAUACCAUUCCU